AUGAAUCCCGUGUACGAGGGUGAUCAUUAUACCAUACCCGAGUCGCAUCUCCAAGGAUACAGUCCCAGUGAGCUGAAACCUCUUGAGGAAUAUGACGAACCCCCACAAGACUAUUCGCCUGAACCACGGAAACGAUCACACCAACCGGCAUGCCCCUCAGAUGACGAAGACAGCGCUCUUGGAAGCAUGGGAAAGCAGACGUCGCCCUAUUGUAAACCAGAACAUCGAGAAAAACCGAAGAAUUCUCUACAACCACCGGAAGCAUCAUCCUCUCCUACAACAACAACAAAGCGCCUGGAUGACGAUGCUAAAGAUUUUGGGAACUCUGAGAAUCGGACGUCACCACCUGAUAACCCAGAACAAACCGAGAAAGAAGCUCUUCUGACAAACCCGAACGAUAUCGAAGACUGUGAAGAAACUGAUGAGCAGCCAUCAUGUCUAGACGGGCUGGGUGAACGUAUGACGAAGUGUCUCAAGGUGAUGACGUACAUCUUUCUGCUGGUCACAGUCCUCGGCUGCGUGGUCGUCAGCAGAACGACGCUGUUGUACAUGACGCACGAGUACGGGAAAGUGAAACACGCGGGGAAACAGCUGUGGAGUGACCACUACACCUACCUGCUGGUCGUCUGUCUGAGUCUUCCUGACUUGACGAAGAUCGUGUCCUGUAGCUUUUCGCUGGCCUUUCGGACCGAGGCUAGACCGUCACUCUCUGUCGUCAUCGUGCACUGUGUACAAGAAAUAACACAUAUAAUCAUCGUUUACGGCUUUGUGUUCAAAGUACUUCCAUUUGUGGACAGCAUCAGCGCAUGUGCGUUGAUGAUGGCAACGGGAUUUGCUCCAUUUAUUGCAAACACUAUUUCCACGUGGCAGAGUGAUUCUCCAAACCCCACCAGCAAUGAUACCUCUGGGAUCCAGGAUACUCUACACCUCACGAAUACUGAGGUCACUACCUCAAAUCACUCAAAGAAAGAAAUAUUUGACUACAACCAAGAAAAAUCUCUGUGUGCCAAAUUGACAAAGCUGCUCAGACGUUAUGUGAAUAUUUUCAAAGUGUUCUUCAUCAUCCUACAAGCAGGAUCUGUUUCUCUGUGUCUAUAUUCGUUGCUGCUUUAUAACGAUAAAUACAAACCAAUGCAAACCAGAACUGAAUUUAUGUCAUGGAAUGUAUUGUUUCUACUUCUUGUUUCCAUCAGAUGGAUGAAGAAUCAUUUCGUGAAACAUUUGGAAACGGACAUGGCUGACCACACUGGUCAGUGUAUGUCCAUGUUUUCAUCUCGUCGAAGCAAUCUCACAACGCUUAUUUCGUCAGUUCUGCGACUUGGCACUGCUGCCAUUAUAUUAAAGUUUUAUUUGGAGAGGAAUCUUGGAAAUCCAGUUAAUGCAUUUUCUGUGUCGAAGCUCCAAACAUCUUUUCGUUUGACCACAACCGAACGCACAACCUCACUGAAAUUAGAACUCGGUGGAAUAAACAGUACCGUUGGAUAUCAUUUCAGCAGCAUUACAACAUCAUCUGGUAAUUUUUCUGAAUCUCUAGAAAAUACUACGAUACAAACUAUACUGAACCAGACGGGAUCACCAACGAAAGCUGCAAUUGCAUCACAGAACAGUACAGCAAAAGUUAAUGAUUCUAACUAUAACACCAACACAGCCAUGCCAUUAAAAUUGCCAUAUGUCUCUAUGCAUGAUGACAUCGCCUUGUAUCCAACGCUUGUGGUAGCUGCAGCUCAUGUAGUAUCCACUUGGUUGUGUUACCAUCUGGCGCAGCUCGCCUGCAAGUUGUGCAUGCAGACAGUAGCCUUCGCCUUGCCUCUGUGUCUCGCUGGACCGGCGGUCGUUGCUGUCCUGCUGUUUACUCCAGACUUCGCCACCUUGUUUCUCUUUUCGGAUCACUCCAUUAAUUUCGUGCUCCCAGAUCCGGAUAUCAUGCAUCUGUUAAUACUGGCAGCGUUUGGAAGUGGUUUUGCUUCACAGAUAUUCCUUUGCCGUCAUGUUUGGACAGAAAUGCCGCGCGAGAGACUGUCAUUUAUAGAAAAGUUAUUCACGCUGCCUCACUACUGCAGUCCUCUUCUGGACCUGUCCCUACUUCACAGCAGACGGCGUAAGGACCUGGUGCAGCAGAAUCAGCAGACGGACCCGGACAACUUCCCCAUCAUAAAGGCGUGCGCUACGAUGUGGCAUGAAAACGAGAAAGAGAUGACGCAGUUUCUACAGUCCGUGUUUAGACUGGACUUUGACCAAGGCGUGAGGCGUGCUGCGAGAGAUGAAAUGAAGAAAAACGUGGAUGAUUAUUACGAAUUUGAAGUCCAUAUAAUGUUUGAUGAUGCACUGAUGGAUGAGGUGUACGAUAAAAAGAAAACAGGACGACGCGUUCCAAAUGAGUACGUCCUACUACUUCUUCAACUGAUGGAUGAUGCACUCAGCCGCGUACACAACAAGCAUAUAGGACUGCCGGAGCCAGACAAAUACAUGACACCAUACGGAGCCCGAUUGGAGUGGACACUCCCUGGCAGAAACAAAAUGAUUGCUCAUCUCAAGGACAAGACGAAGAUUAAAGUUAAAAAGCGAUGGUCUCAGGUCAUGUACAUGUACUACUUACUUGGAUUCAAGCUGCUGGACGGCGGGACUGCAGAUAAAGAUCCAGUUUAUCUAUCUGAUGGAUCUAAACGGGGUUUUUUGUUUUUGUUUUUUGUUUUGUUUAUUUUAAUAUAUCAGAACUACGGUAAUUAUACAUUUCAGGUAACUCGGACAUACAUUCUGGCCUUGGAUGGGGAUGUGGACUUUGAACCAAGUGCUCUGUUGUACCUGCUGGAUAGAAUGAAGAAGAACCCAGUGGUUGCAGCGGCGUGUGGGAGAAUCAAACCAAAGGGCUCAGGUCCUGUUGUGUGGUACCAGAAAUUCGAAUACGCCGUGGGUCACUGGCUGCAGAAAUCAGCUGAACACGUGUUUGGCUGUGUUCUCUGCAGUCCGGGCUGCUUCAGUCUGUUUAGAGGAAGUGCUCUGAGGACGGUGAUGAAAACGUACACACGGAAACCCACGACUGCACGACACCAUCUGCAAUACGAUCAAGGUGAAGACAGAUGGCUGUGCACACUCCUGCUACAGAAAGGAUACAGAAUAGAGUAUGUUGCGCCAUCAGUGGCUCUGACGUAUGCUCCUGAGAACUUCACGGAAUUCUUUAACCAAAGGAGAAGGUGGCUGCCGUCCACUAUGGCCAACAUCGCAGAUCUAAUCCAGAGUCGGGCGUUAACAGUGGCAAAAAAUGAAAACAUAUCAAACCUUUACAUAUUCUAUUUACUAAUUCUAUUUGUAUCUUCCAUUCUUGGUCCAGCAACAGUCCUCUUAGCAAUGGAAUCAUCCAUUGAGUCUGUAUUUAGUCUGCCCAGUUGGGCAGGCUAUCUCAUAACGUAUGGUCCAACCGUGAGUUUUACUGUUGUGUGUUUACGGUUAAAAUCUAGCACGCAGAUUCGUAUCGCCAUCGUUCUCAGCACUCUGUUUGCGCUGUUCAUGAUGGCUGUUAUAGCGGGGACCCUAGUCAGCAUCGCACGAGAAGGCUGGAUCACCCCGGAUUCUGUGUUCAUGUACGUUUUGAUUGGUGCCUUCGUACUAGCGGGGAUUUUACACCCACACGAACUCUCGGAUCUGGUCUGGGGGAUUCUCUAUUUUCUGUGCAUUCCUGCUGGAUACCUCUUCCUGAUCAUUUACUCCAUAUGCAAUUUGCACGUAACAUCAUGGGGUACGAGAGAAACGAAAUCAACAGACGAGCAGCAGGAACAGUUCAGCAUCAAGAAGGAGCUAGGAGACCCAGCCACCAUAUAUCUCGCUCAGGCAGCUCGAGCUCUUCAGGUGAGGUUGCAAGAAGAUAGGAGCGGUGCAGGCUGCUGUAGCUGUAUCACAGGUAUGUUCAGACGUGCCCGCAAUCGUCUAACAACCAAUGCAGUUCUCUUGUUCAUUCUCCAAGCCUUGCACAGGCUCGAGACGGAAAGAACAGCAUCGAGCUCCGAAAACGAUACAGGACAAUCCAUCGAUCAAAGUGGAAUUGGAAAUACAUCUGGUUCUUCGCGUGUUGAUAUUGAAUCUUCACCUGCAACAAGUCCAGGUAAAGUUAACACUACUGAGUGGGUAAUAGACGAAAAAAUAAUAACUGGCAAAGUGCAUUACUUGAAGGAAGAAGAAACUCGCUUCUGGGAACAUAUGAUAAAGAUCUACUUAAAUCCAAAAGAUAAAAAGACCGAUACUGAAACCAUUGAGGUGAUAACUGCUAUGACAGAUUUUCGUAACAAAUCGGCGUUUGCGUUCUUUUUCGCCAAUGGACUGUGGCUGGUGAUCAUGACGGCUCUUCAGGAAGUUAAACAGGAGCUGAAUAUUGUGAUUCAUCAGACAUAUGGAGCUCCAAUCAUUGUACAUCCACUGGGAAUGUUAUUUCUAGCCAUAUUUGCCAUUCUACUUGUGUUGCAAAUGAUUGCAAUGGUGAAACACAGGUACGGAACUGCACUGCACGUUCUGGCAUUUACAAAGAUCAAGAACAAGCUGGAUAUCGUAGAAUAUGCAAAGACUUUGCUAAAUGCUGAUGGUGUUGGUAAAAGCGUUGACAGUGCUCCUCCUUUUGCGAACAGCUCUCUUUAUGGAACGGCUGUCAGCGAGAACAGUAUCUCUAACUCUGUUCAGCCUAUCUCUGCCGUCCAGGUUCACCAGGAAAUACGGGAUGAUGGAUUUCUACAGCAUGAUUUCAGACGCUAUAAAAAGAACAAGCAAAGUAGGACCAGACGCUACGAUCCAGAACUGCACAACACGCGUGCCCGUAGCGUGUAUCGUAUAGAUUCAGAGUUUAGUCAGCGAUACAACACGGUAAAACAGAAUUAUGAAACAUACAGACAGAAAACAAUAGGCAGGCGUGGAAACAUACCCACAGGAUGGUGAUUUAGAGACAAAUGAAACCCAUCGAAAUGAUUAUGAUUUGAUUUGUUUGUCCUUCAUAAUGGUGUACAGGCGUAUGUUAAAAAUAAUAAUGAAAAGCCCAAAACAAACAAAAAUAGUCUAGAGGCAGAAUCCAAAAAGUGGCUUAGAAAAGGAUUUCGUUCUACCCGAGAAAGUCAAAGUGACCAUCAUGUGCUGCACCAUAUUCCAGUAGAGGUCAAUUUUGAAAAGUGUGUGUGGGGUUACCAGAAGUCAUUAAAGGUCAAUGGGGUACAUAU